ACGAAGAUGAAGAAGCGGAGGAAGAAGCGAAGAUACGCGAAACACCACCACCGGUAGUACUACCGCCAGCAGCAGCAGCAGGAGGAGGAAUAAAACCACCAUCUGGUGCUUCUGUUCCUGCUGCUCCUGACGCCAUUCUCACUUCGCGGUCUUCUCCUUCUGGUGUUGAUUCUUCAUCCCGCAUUGGUGGCGAAGGGUCCACCGUCAGUAUUUCACCCAAUGCAGUUGGGAAGCCUUCAAAACAAGAUAAGGUGCCAGAAGCAAAGGAGAGUCAACACGCCCAGCCACACGACGGAGAGGCAGCAGAUACACUCAACAACGGACCGGAACAAAACAGUUCUGCUCCAACAACAACGGGUCAGAAUGACAACGAAGUCGCCACGUUGGGUGCCGGUGGUUUACGCUCUUCGGGAGAACAAAUAACGGUAAAAGGGGGUUUAGAAGCUUCCCGAACAGACGAAUCGUCAGCUGAUCCAAAUACAAAAUUACAAGAAAGUGAAAAGACUCCAAUGAAAUCAUCACAAGCAGCAGCGACAGAACCAAAAACUUACCACGAAGUAUUGACGUCAGUAAAAGAGGAGACAAAGAGCAAGAGCACGGAUGCAUCAGAGAAUUUACCUGAUGCGGCCGAAAGCAUUAACGAACAUCCUGCAUCCGCAGCCAAUACAAUGCAGAGUACAUCAACUGGCAGUCAAGAAGGAGCAUCUACGCCGUCUUCAAAUAGAAUUCCUCCACUUCACGAGGAAACGACCACAGGAACUGACACUACUGAUAAUGCUCAACCUCCGAGAGAAAAACCAGUCGAAGCCACAGCCAUGAAAAAUGGCACGGCGACGACUGGCGACAGUGACAGCAGCACCGCGGUCUCCCACAGCACCUCCCCUCUUUUGCUUCUUCUUCUUGUUGCGUGUGCGGCUGCGGUGGUGGCCGCGUGA